CAUUCAGGUCAGCUGCUGAUGUAUUACGUUGAAAACGAAGUCGUUUUCAAGGAAUAAUAAUACAUAUUACAUAGGCAGCCAAGGAAGGAGCUGAAGUAGAGCAGAGUAUCGAGUCCAGUCGAGUCAACUCUGUGGAUCAUCAUCAUCUAUGGAAGAAAUAGUAUCAGCAAAUAAAGAGACUAGAUCAUCAUCAUCAUCAAAAUUUAUAAUCGAAGAAUGGAAUGGAUCUUCUUCAUCAAAACUCUUUAAAACUGCGACUAUAACUACUUCUCCUUAUCUAUCCAUCCAGAGAUCUGGAAGUCGUUUUAAUCACGUCUGGAGACGAGUCCUUCAAGCGUUUGUACCCGAGGGAUUUCCAAGCAGUGUAACACCAGAUUAUGCCCCUUUUCAAGUAUGGGAUUCAUUGCAGGGUCUUUCAACUUACAUAAGGACCAUGCUUUCAACACAAGCUCUCUUGAGUGCAAUUGGGGUUGGUGAGAAAUCAGCUACUGUCAUUGGUGCCACAUUUCAGUGGUUUUUGAGGGACUUAACUGGAAUGCUUGGAGGCAUACUCUUUACAUUUUACCAGGGCUCAGACCUGGAUAGCAAUGCCAAGAUGUGGCGUUUAGUUGCUGACCUUAUGAAUGAUCUCGGAAUGUUGAUGGACCUUCUUUCCCCUUUGUUUCCUUCCGCUUUUAUUUUUGUUGUUUGCUUAGGAAGCUUAUCAAGAUCUUUCACUGGUGUUGCUAGUGGUGCAACUAGAGCUGCUUUGACUCAGCAUUUCGCCCUUCAGAACAAUGCUGCAGAUAUAUCUGCCAAGGAAGGAAGUCAAGAAACAGUCGCAACAAUGAUUGGCAUGGCCUUAGGAAUGAUCCUCGCUCGAAUAACAAUGGGACUCCCCCUAGCCAUUUGGUUUUCUUUUCUUUCUCUCACCGUGUUCCAUAUGUAUGCAAACUACAGGGCUGUUGGGUGCCUUGCUUUGACUUCUUUAAAUAUUGAGAGGAGCGCUAUUCUCUUCCAGCAUUUCAUGGAGACUGGCCAAGUUCUCUCUCCUGAGCAGGUCUCUAGAAUGGAACAUGUUUUACCAACAUGGAUCACUUCUUGGAGUUCAAAAAAGGUCAAGUUACUACAUGCCAAUGUGCGCUUGGGUGUGAGAGUUUCUUCACUUGAUCACCAGGAAAUGAAGGAGGUGUUGCUUUCUGCAGGAUCUCAUUAUCUUAAAGCAAAAUACUUGCUGGUGGAGAGGAAGGGAAUCAUCGAUGUUAUAAUGCACAAAAAUUCAACAGCUUCAGAUGUCUUGCAAUCGUUUAUUCACGCUCUUGUUAUGGCCAAACUCAUGCAAAAAAGUUCAUCUGUCUAUUUGGAGAGCCAGUCAUGGAUGGAUAAACAUUAUGAAGUUUUUCUUCAAAAGCUAAGUUCAUUGGGUUGGAAAACAGGGCGCCUUCUUUCCCCUCCAGUCAUCUGGAAGGCGAACUGGACAGAUGUUUCAUCAGAUGAUAAAAUCGACUAGGUAAUACGUGAGUUCUGUUGCAUUAUAAUUGCAAGAAUUGCAGAAAUUGACUACUUCAUUGACAUUCAAAGCAAAUUAAUUUAACAAUGUGGCCAUCAACUGAGGCUUGAUACUGCCGUGAACACUGAAGAGCGAGGCAUUUUAGAUGGUACACAUCCGUGGUGCCAUAAUAUGAGAACGGUAACUCUUUGUCUUGAAGCAGCUCCGCUAUAGAUGUUCUUGGUAGGCUUAGAAUUAUGAAUUUUUGGUGUUUCCAGAAUCAUGUAUGCUUUUAAAAGUUGGAUAUGUCAUUGGCUAAUAGUCCAAUGACCUCUUUUCUGUAGGAACUAGUAAUAUGAACCGCAUUGAUACGAUAUAGCUUAGCUUGACGAUCUGGGAUGGUGGUUUGCAGUAACCAGAGGGAACUUGUUUGAGGGCAGCACACCUGCUCCUGCGAAUUGUUUUGGAGGCUAUAAUAGAGAAUCAGUUUUUGCCUUCUGAA